CAUUCAUCGAUCAGACACCUCAUCCGGCCGGCGACAUAAGAACAACGUGACAUGUCUGUUCGUGUUCAAUCAUCGUCAACAAUAUUCGUAGUAGUAGUAGUUCUGCAGCUAGUGACCAUCAUCAGCGCCGAAACCCUCAACCUAUGCGAGUCCAACGAUCCCAACGGCUACUGCAGUGGAAGCAACAGCAUCGGGCUCUGCAACCCAAACAACUUUGACAAGACAAAGGCCGUGGAAUUCCAAGCCCAAUUGCUCGAUUACGUCGGGAAUCGUUAUUACUACAACAGCGGCAGGAGCUCCGGAUGCGUACAGACGCCGACUACUCCUCCGGUGUACUUCUACUACUGUUGCAGCAGGUUCGUCACCGGUUGCGGCGCCUGCUACGCUAAGGCCAUCAAGCGCCUGAAAGACGGCUGUCCCGGCAGAGCUGGAGGCAGUGUGUUGUUUGAUAAGUGUAGUCUAAGGUAUGAGCUUCAAAGCUUCUGUUGAGAUCAUGAUAACGAUGAUGAUGGUAAUUUUAUCUUUAAGACUCUCUCUGUAAUGAUGAUUUCAAUAAAUUAUGGGGUCGUUUGGAAGUUGUGAUAGUUUUGUUGAGAUUGUCAUUAUGCAUGUAUUGUUUACAAUGCAUCCUUUUUUUGUUUUUUAGCAGAAACAAUACAUGGAUUGUUUCUGUGAUGUAUAUCUCAACUUUUAGUUGUGAUUCUUGAGAUAGUUGAGUUGAGAAACAAUACAUCUACUUAACAAUC